GGUGCUUCUCUGGCUUUGAAACUACCAAACAUUGGCCCAGAUUUUUCUUUUCUUCUUUCCCUCCUUUCCUCUUCCACAGAGAGCCAGAAACUGAUUACAUAGUCUCUCUCUCUCUCCACCUACUUUACGUGAUAGAGCGCAAAUGCAUUUAAAUCUACCUUCAUUGGAUUUCUACUUAUAGCAUCUAUUCAUCUCCUUCGUUUCUCUCCAUUAAUUCUCUGGUUUUUCUUUUUAUGGUCCAUUAAUUCUCCGCUUUGUUGGAGUUUUUCUUAGCCCAUCUUCUUCACUCUUUCCUUUUUUAAUUGGACUUCACCUUAUCUCAGUACAAAAACCCAAGUGAAGUAGUUAACAGAUCUCUCUCUCUCUCUCUCUUCCCCACUCCGUGCGGUGUGGUGACUGGUGAGGGGGUGACCUGUGCGAUGCGCGAUGCCCUAAAGGACAAGAAACAGCGACUCAUGGCAGCAGGUGCUCAUCUCAAAACCCAGAUCCAACCCACCAAAUCCAAAAGACGCAAGCGUCGCGAAACCACCAUCUCCGCCGCCGCCCCUAACUCCCCGGACCACUCCUCCUCCUCUGCCAGAGAUCUCACUCUCCACCUCCGUAAACGUGACCCUCCCAGUGCUCCCACCAUCGUCGCCCUUGACAACUCUUGGUGUUGCGCUGCUUCCAAACCCAACGCCUCCUCCUCUGUUCCUCCUCCACCAUCAACUCAGCAUCGCCGUACAAUUGCGACCACCGCUGCUACUACUCCCACACUCCCUCCUCCAGAUCGGAUAUCUGAACCGUUUCCUGUCACCAUUACCGUUAACUCGACGUCCUCUACCUCGCAAUCGCUGUCGGAGUCAUCAGGAGCAGCUUUCAAGCUUGGCUUUUCUCCUGGUACUGGUUCACCCGUUAUGAUGGAUUCCUCCAUUGCCGCCGCCAGCGUUUGCAAUGGUGGAAAUAAUUUCGGUUCUUUCCCUUCCAGUUACAGUAAAUUCAAUUCCGCCCUAAACGCCGGCCUCUUAAAUCCCAUGUCGCCUCCCCCGCCACCACUCGAUAAGAGCCGAUCGAGUCCGACGCUCUUUGAAAUGAUGGCCAGCGAACCCGAUUGUCACCCCAGGAACUCAAUUCCAGUGAGUCAUGCCCCUGUGCUUCCCGUUAAACCCCAAAUCACUGCUCAGGAUAAGCAGGCACUGCUUCAGCAGCGAGUGGCGCAGAUUUUAGGAAGUUGCAGCCCGGGGAACCAAUUUAAUGAUUCCACGACCAGCGAUAUUAAAUUGACUCUGAGCUCCAAGGAUGGGUUAACCGUCUCUAUAAACGUGCAUCGCCAUAUCCUUGUCGCCCAUAGUCGGUUCUUCGCUGCGAAGCUCUCGGAUCGGUGGUCUAAGCAGCAGCGAUCACUGCCCCACAUGAUUGAAAUCUCAGAUUGCGAAGAUAUCGACAUCUACAUGGAGACAUUGGGUUUGAUGUACUGUAAGGAUGUUCGGAAGAAGCUAACGAAGGAAGACGUCUCCAAAGUACUCGGCAUCUUGAAGGUUUCGGCUGCGAUUCUGUUCGAUGCUGGAAUUGUAUCUUGUUUGGAGUACUUAGAAGCAGCUCCAUGGGCGGAAGACGAAGAGGAGAAGGUGGCUUCGCUUUUGUCGCAGCUCAAUCUGGAGGGGGCCGGAGCAGGGGAAGUUCUGAAAAGAGUUUCAGUGGAAGCGGCGACGGGGGCAAAAGUCGGGAACAACAACGAGGAGGUGCUUCAAAGGCUAUUGCAGGUAGUUCUGGAAGGCAAAGAUGAGAAGGCUAGGAGGGAGAUGAAGGGUUUGGUCUCCAAAAUGCUUCGAGAGAACUCAUCCCAGAAUGACCUGAGCAAGGAAUCUCUGUACUCUGCUUCCGACGGAUGUCUACAACUCCUUCGCGUGCAUUUCCUGAAGGCAGCGUCAUCAGACCUGCAAGACGCAGGUCAGAUUGCUCGCCAAGCUGACAAUCUGCACUGGAUUCUGGACAUCUUGAUCGAUCGACAGAUUGCGGAGGACUUCUUGAAGACGUGGGCAUCUCAGAUGGAUCUGUCAGAGGCGCACUCCAGGAUUCCUGCGGUUCACCGGUACGAGGUGAGCAGAGUCACUGCCAGGUUCUUCGUUGGAAUUGGGAAGGGACAGCUGUUGGCUUCCAAGGAGGUGAGAUGCUUGUUCUUGCAGACAUGGUUGGAACCAUUUUACGACGAUUUCGGUUGGAUGAGGAGGGCUUCCAAGGGCCUCGACCGUCACCUGAUCGAAGAUGGUCUCAGCAACACCAUCCUCACCUUGCCUUUGCCCUGGCAACAGGAGAUUCUGCUGGCCUGGUUCAAUCGCUUCCUCAACUCCGGUGAGAAUUGCCCCAACAUCCAGAGAGGGUUCGAGGUGUGGUGGAGGAGGGCUUUCUGGAAACGAAAUGGCGGUCCUGAACGGCCUCCACAGAUCCGAAUUGCCACUCCCUCUUCCGACCACUCAUGAAAGGGGGAAGGAAAGACAGCUGCAUUACUGAUACGACCCCGACAGCUCUUUCCUUUUCUUCUACCACUCUUCAUCUUCCUUCCUGUUUCUGUUAUGAAAUCUUCCUAAACUGGGCCUGAGGGUUCUUCCCAGAUUUUUUUGAUUUGGCAGAGAGGCACACAUCCUUAACUCGUUAGCAAAUUCGAAUUUGGGAAUAAUUUUGGAGGAAAGUGAAGAAAUUUUUUGAAGGGAAGGGAAGAAAAAAUGGAUGUAAUUCACUCUGCAA